AUGCCUGUUUUCUACUCGCCUGUGCCGGAGAAUUUACACAUGGGCUUGGCCUACAUGGGCAGCUCUGUCUUCACCAAUAACAGAACGGCAGACAGCGAUUAUCCCAGAGAUCAGAACAACACUUUUGUGAAUGAGCUGGUGUCCCAUCUCCCUCUCCAGAUGCUCCUCUACUUUAAUAUGUUCUACUUCCCAUGUUGGUGGUUCUCUGCGGUCUUCAUGCUGGAUGUGAAGUAUGAGUUUCUGGCUGGUUACUAUCAGUGGCUCCUGAUGACUGGGAUUGUGCUGCUCACAGUAGUGGAGGUGAUUCGCCUGUACCUGGGCUACCUGGGGAACCUGAAGGAAAAGGUGCCGGAGCUGGCUGCGUUCUGGGUGCUGUCAUUCACCUUCCCUCUGCCUGUGCUGCUCUUCUUCCUCACUGAUGAAGACUCUUUAAUCCUGCCACUGGAGAGAGCUGUGCAUUCCUUGUACCUGCUGUUUGUGCUGGCAGAGCUGGCAGCCGCCUUCCUCGCACUGCGGACUAUGACCCGCAAACUGCUGCUGCUCUUCCACCUGCGGCAGCUGGCCAGAGUGGAGAGUGUGACCCCUGUGUACGGCCUGGCACUGCCCUACCACCGGGGGGCGCUCAGUGUGACACCCAUUCACCACUUGUACCACUGA